AGCAGAACAGGGUCUUCUCUCCGAGCGCGCCGCAUCUCUGGGAUUUUGGUUUUUAUUAGUCAAUAAAUCCAGAUUCUUUUAGCUUUUACGCGUCUCUCGGUUUAUUCUAAGAGUCUGUUUUUUUGGCUACUUGAACCGCUUCAGUGUCUGUUUUAAAUCAGAUCCUGCCUUCUAAUAAGCCUAUCAAUUCAUCUUCUAUUCAUCUUACAAAUAACCCAAAUAAUCUCAAGGAUCAGCUGAUUUUUGUGAAGAAGUCGUCCGGACAGUUGCAGUUUCUUUGGUCACUGAAGGGAUUUUACAGGCGUCCUGCCACAUCUUUACAAGUUUUAAACAUGCCCAGUGAGAAGCAGCCCACUGCCAGAACUGAGAUGAAAUGUUUAAACGCUGCGCACGAAGACGACAGCAGCAGCUCCAACAGCAAUGAAUACCCUUAUGUGAAGAAGGUCCCACUGGACGGCCAAUACCCUGACCUGGACGCAGAGAGUCAGAACUUCCUCCCUGAACACAACCUGGGCAAGAAGAAGUAUGAAACUGAAUAUCAUCAGGGCAAUGCCUCCUUUGGCAUGUCUGUCUUCAAUCUGGGCAACGCCAUCAUGGGCAGUGGCAUCCUGGGUCUGUCCUACGCCAUGGCCAACACUGGCAUCGCCCUCUUUGUGAUUCUCCUCGUGGCUGUCGCCAUCUUCUCAUUGUAUUCUGUCCACUUGCUGCUGAAGACGGCCAAUGAAGGAGGUGCUCUGAUUUACGAGCAGCUGGGUUACAAAGCCUUUGGGAUACCUGGGAAACUGGCAGCUUCCUGCUCCAUCACCAUGCAGAACAUCGGAGCCAUGUCCAGCUACCUCUACAUCGUCAAAUACGAGCUGCCCCUCGUCAUUCAAGCUUUUACGGGAACCAACAACGGAGAAUGGUACAACAACGGAGACUACCUGGUGCUGCUGGUGACGGUUGUCAUUAUCCUGCCCCUCUCACUUCUCAGGAACUUGGGUUACCUUGGUUACACUAGUGGUCUGUCCCUCCUCUGCAUGGUGUUCUUUCUUAUUGUGGUGAUCAUCAAGAAGUUCCAGAUCCCGUGCCCUCUGCCUGCUGCCUUGGAUUCUAUAAACAGCAGCUUACCUGAUCCCAACUCAUCUGCCGUGGGCUACAGCGAUGACGCAUGCAGGCCCAAAUACUUUGUCUUUAACUCACAGACUGUCUAUGCUGUUCCUAUCCUGACCUUCGCCUUCGUGUGCCACCCCGCCAUCCUGCCCAUGUAUGAGGAGCUCAAAGAUCGUUCCCGCAGAAAGAUGCAGGGUGUUGCCAACGUGUCCUUCCUGGCCAUGUUCAUCAUGUACCUGCUGGCUGCCCUCUUUGGAUACCUGACCUUUAACUCAAACGUGGGCCCUGAGCUGCUGCACACCUACUCUAGGUACUACAAGUUUGAUGUGCUCCUGCUGAUCGUCCGUCUGGCUGUGCUGACCGCCGUCACCCUCACCGUCCCCGUGGUGCUCUUCCCUAUUCGUACCUCUGUCAACCACCUCCUGUGCCCCACUAAGGACUUCAGCUGGGUCCGUCACACCGUCAUCACCGUGGUCCUGCUGGCUGGCACCAACGCCCUGGUCAUCCUGGUCCCCACCAUCAGGGACAUCUUCGGCUUCAUCGGUGCCUCUGCUGCUGCCAUGCUUAUCUUCAUCCUGCCCUCAGCUUUCUACAUCAAACUGGUCAAGAAGGAGUCCAUGAAGUCUAUGCAAAAGAUUGGGGCUACAGCCUUCCUGAUAUGCGGCUUCAUCGUCAUGAUUGGCAGCAUGACCCUGAUCAUCAUGGACUGGAUCCACAACGCCUUACCCAGCCCGGUCACGAAGGCCGACGGACACUAAAGCUCCAGGUCUCCUGCUGCGUCCUGCCGGAGGAGAGGAAGCUCUCAGCGCCGGGCUGCUACGAACGCGCAACCAAGAUCGAAACGCAUUGUAACAAAGAAAAACACAAGAACUCACUUGAUGCUCGGCUUUGACUUCCCGAGCAGCAGACCAUGCCAUUCCAAGAGAAUGUAUCCGAACUUUGUACAGUAUGCUGUUAUAGACCACAGAGAUGGUGAUUUGUUUUUUCUCUUUUUUAAUUGUAACUUUUUUCAUUGUCGUUUUUGCUCGUUUUUACUCUUAAUGUUAUUAUUUUGUAGUUACGGUACAGCUGAAAACAAAUAUUUGAACAUGCCUCAUACCAGAGAUGAUACAGAGUCCAAAAUGCAGCUUACGCUCAGGUACAGUGUUGUGUGAGUUUGAGUGUGGCUGUGACCUCCGAGCUCGGCAACAGCAGAUCUCCUGGAGACUGACAAGAGGCAACAGACUUGAAAGUUUAUCCUCCUCAAUCCUCAAUGACGGUUAAGUUCCUUCCAACAGUUUUGUUUUAUUGUUAAUAUUUUUCCUUUUUUUUACUUUGCCAAAAAUGUAUUUGUAAAGCAUCUUUGUACAUUGAAAAGCACUUACAGUUAGCACACUUGUCAGUUUCACAGGCGAGGCCUACAACACCGCCUAUUCAGUAUUCGUACCAAGGCUCUGUGACCUCGCUUAUAGUGUCAGCUUUCCUUGUAAAACCAUGCAUCAGUCUACAGAACCUGCCUUUUCCAACUCGACACUGGGGUGCACGGAAUCUCACACCGGGACUUUUGUCAAAACUGUAUGGACUCUUUAUAACCUGCUGAAGAUCUUGUUGGAACAGCGUGCGCAGCGACGACACUACUGCUUGGAGAAGGCUGACGAGCCUCCCGGUUCUGCCUCCCCUCAGGGGGUGGGGGAAACAUAACAUUUUUUCUUUAUGGGAGAAUACUUUGAAUUUGACCACGUGCUGUGGUUGUAAUAUACCUGUUAAACUUGCAAAAAAGAAAAAAAAAAAGCUAGAAGAGGUCAAGUGUGCUCUUAAAUGCCGACAACCAAACGACGGCACAGAAAGCUGAGGGUGUUACAGUACUUUGAGUGUUUUUACAUAUGGUUGCGCAGGUUAGUGCUUUCAGAAUGUUUCACAAUGAAGAACACAAGAGCUCUGUGCGGACUUGUUUCCUGCCGAGAUGAGCCUGUCAUCAGACGGUGCACUGUGCUUCCAACACUAACGCAUCACCAAACUGUUAUUGUCCAACAUCUAUUUAUGGAAGACCGUGAAAUCAAUGUAAUUUAAUCUAUUUUACUAUAUUUAUAUAAUAUUGUAUGUAUAUAUAUGUGUAUAUAUAUAUCUAUUGAGUUCAACUGUAUAUAUGCUUUGUUUUGUUUGAAUUUUUUUUUUUUUUUUUUUUACAAUAAUGCAUUGGAGCUGUAAAACAAAAAAAAAUACCCAAAGUGGUGAAUUUGUGAUACUAAACUAGCUCCGAUACGCUGGAGCUUCAGCGGUUCAUCUUCGCUAAAACUGACUGAACUGUCCUGCUGUGCUGAUUCUCUGUAGAAAACUGUGUUCAGCGUGGAAGCCACUGAUACAGCAGCAGGAGCAGGAGGCUUGUUUUGUUUUUGUUUUUUUUUCCAUUUUGCCCCCUGAACACAAACUCGGAUCAGCGUAAGGUUCUUUCCGCACAUCUCGGUUGGAGAGUAUGUCAACCAUCUCUUGACCUCAGGAGCAAAGAGGGCUUUGCCCGUCAGUGUUACACUCUUGUUUCAAUGAAACACUAUGUAUAUCCUGUAAUUAAUGUCCAAUUAAAAUCAAAGAUAACAUACA